CUCUAAUCUCGCAACCUUAAAGAGAGUAAUUAACAUUUUGUGGUACUCCUUCUUUGUGUCACAUAUAUAAUCACACACAUGCAGAUACACAGUACAGGCUGUCAAGAUGAAUUAUUAAUUUUUGUAAUUAAUUAGUGGAAGAUUGCUUUGUUGUUUCUCCAAGGAAAAGGUGUCAUCUCUCAUGAUAUUAAGAUGGUGAACUGGUGAUUUGCUGUUUCCCAAUUCUUUGUUUGCCUCCUCUUCUCUUCUAUUCUCCUCUCCGUUCUGUCACAGAAACAAUUAAUUAAGAAGAAAAAUGGUCUCUCAAUGAACCUCUUCCUCGUAUCCCAUUACUUCAAUUUUCAGACGAAUAGUUUCAGAUAUCUGCUAGUAUUGUGGAAGAAGAGGGAUCAAGUCAUGCAGUCAGAAAUCCAACCCUUGCUCCGGCAGUCAGUCCUUGGAGUUGAUCUCCACGUUCUGAUUCUGCCUCAUCUGAUAAUAGAAGUACCUCCGAAUGGGAACAAAGCUCUUAUAUGCCAAAAAUGCAAUAGCUAAUUCUCCAAACUACUAUUUCGCAGUGAAACAAUUGUUCUACUUGUGGGAUACUUUAUACAAAGUUGGAUAUUCAAUGGAAAGGAUUGCUGAAUUGAAGAGUAUAGAAUCCAUCAAGAGGACAAUGCUCAUGCAUGAAAACAUUUUCAAACAGCAGGUAAAAGAGCUCCACCGACUAUACAAUCUUCAAAGGAAACUGAUGCUAGAGUUGAAGAAUGAGAUGUCCAAGAUAGAGGAUCCAAGAUUAUUAUUAGACAAGUCUAUGAUCAACACCACCUCUCAAAACUUGUCCACUUGGCAACAACAACCUACAAGAGAAAUAGGGUUUAACAGUGUUCAUCUUUAUGGUUUAACAGAUGAUCAACAAGGGGAAAGAAGUGGUAGUUGCUCAGGGGAGAACUCAAGAAUAUUAAUGCCAGUUAGAGGAUUCAAUCUUGAAUUGCCUUCUGAUCAUCAAGAAGGAACUUCAACUAGUACUAUUUGUGCUAGUUAUGACCAUGCCAAGAUGAGAAAUAUUGAUGAGGAAGCAGAUGUGGAGCUAACACUAAGUAUUGGACCCAGCAAUAAUAAAAAGAGGUUAAAAAGCCAUACGCAUAAAGAAAAGAAGAUAAAAUUUUCUACUUCAGCCAAGUUAGAAAGAGGAGAAGAGUGUGCUGAUGGUAGCCCAGCUAGGAGCAGUUCAAGUGCUACAUUCAAACAAGAAAGUGCCUCUCAAGCUUAUUGGUUUUUCCAAGAUCUUAGUUUAAACAGAAGAUAGCCUAUAUUAACUUCCUUCUUUUUAAUUCUUUGUAAUUAAUUUAUGGAAGCCUAGUUGUUUCCUUUUAAAUGCUUCAAUGUGCGUACUUGACUAGCUUUCUUUAAUACUUGUAUAUUUUAUCAACCUACAACCCGUAGGAAUAGAAUAGAGGAAAGAAGCAUUCUCUUUUUACA